AUAUAUAUUCACUGAAUAAAACAAUUUUAUCAAAGAAAUAGUGCUAUAUAUUAUUAUAAUAAGUUUUGCCCUUCAGAAAUACAUGUUGUACUGAAGAAAAAUUUCGUAAUUUGGAAUUUUCAUAUAUGAUGCCUUGUAAAAAUGAACAUGGUCAAACUAUUGGUGACGCUGUGCCAAAUUGGAAAGUUCCAUCGCAACCAGAAAAGAUAACGUUGAUUGGUAAUCACGGUCGAUUGGAACCACUUGUUGUUGCCAAGCACGCUGACGAUUUAUACGCGGCUUUCAAACCAUGUGUACAUAAUGGUGAUUGGACUUUUCUUAGAAUAGAACCAUUUCAAAGCGUUGAACAAUGGCAAAAGUUCAUCGAAGAACGUGUAAAAUUAAAACAUAUUGUGAAUUUUGCUGUCAUUGAUAACUUGUCGAGCAAAGCAGUUGGAAUGAUUGCAUUGGAUCCAAUUGAUUCACCCAAUGGUGUCAUUGAAGUGGGUUCCGUGUUUUUUUCGCCAUUGAUGAAAAAUUCAAUUCUUUCCACGGAAGUACAAUAUCUUCUAAUGGCUUAUGUUUUUGAUAAAUUGAGUUUUCGUCGAUACCAAUGGAAAUGUAACAGCUUGAAUAUUUCGUCGUGGAAAGCGGCGGAAAGAUUGGGAUUCACUUAUGAAGGCACUUUUCGAAAUUUUGAAAUUACCAAAGGGCGUAAUCGUGAUACUGCAUGGUUUUCAGUUAUUAACAACGAGUGGCCAAAAUUGAAAACAGCAUUUCAAGCAUGGCUUGAUUCAUCAAAUUUUUAUGAGUGUGGAAGACAAGUUAAAAAACUUACCGAUUUCCGAAAAGAUUAGACCAUGGUUUUUAUAAUUCAAUAUUUGAAUAUAAUUUAAUGUUUUAUUACCAG